CCAAGUGCCGACAUCUCACUAGGAACACGUUGAUAACUCGGUCCAUGCAGCUUAAUUCCAAACACACCUGCAGUCGCAUAUAUACUGUGCCACCCGUACUCCAAUUACCAACCGACCAAGUCAUCUAUCCAUUCUACUCUCAACAAAAUGCCAGCCCUUACAACCCUACCGCCGACACCACCACUGAUGGUGUGGAACUCGCUAGUGAAGAAAUGCCUUCCGCAGAGCGACAACAAAGACAUCGAAUUCUGGUGGAAGCUCACGGGCUAUCACAUCGCAGUCAUGAUUGAGGCGGCUGGAUAUUCCAUCGAGAAGCAGUACGAGGUUCUUCUCUUUCACUAUCACUGGAUUGUCCCCCGACUAGGCCCUGCCCCCAAACCCGACGGAACCCCCAGCUUCAAAUCCCUCGUUGCAUACGACGGCUCACCAUUCGAGUACUCCUGGAAAUGGAACACGUCCACCGGUGAGCCCGACAUCCGAUACUCCUGGGAAGCCAUCGGCAAGAACUCAGGGACUGCAAUCGAUCCGCUCAACCACGACCCCACACUCGAGUACAUGGAAAAGGUCACCCAAGUUCUCCCCGAAGUCGAUUACUCGUGGUAUAGACACUUCCUGGCGGAAAUCUAUAACCCUGAUAGAGGAUUUUAUGCCGCGGAGCUGGAAGCUGGUGAACCGCCCGCCACGACGCUCAUGCAUGCGGUUGAGUAUAACAAGAAAAAGAACUUUGGGCUGAAGUCGUAUUUUCUCGCCAGGAAGUUGUUCCAGGGUGGUGAUCCAGCUACGACGCAGGAGUGGGACGACGCGAUUGUGAAACUUCAUCCGGGCGAAGCACACCCGGGUAGAGAUGUGCUUAUGCAUUUCCUAUCCACCAGCCCGGAGGGAAAACUCAUGAAGCCCUGUGUCUUGGGAAUGGAUAACGUGGAGCCAUCGCAGUCGCGACUGAAGAUGUACUUUACCUCCGCGCAUACGAGCUUCGCUUCCGUCCGCGAGAUCAUGACCAUGGGUGGAAUCUGCGACAUCCCCGAAGAGAGCCUUCAGGAUCUACGCUCCAUGAUUCUAGCCGUGCUCGGCCUACCAGCCGAUUUCCCCGAGGACAAGGAGAUUUCCGUCGAAGCCACGACUGGCGGAACGGUGUGGAAGGACUUCGAGGCGCUCUGUGAGGGUUUCAUCUAUUUCUUCGACAUCGCCCCCACGUCCGGUAAGCCCGAGGUGAAAUUCUACCUGACAACGCGCAAGUACGGUGCGGAUGAUCUGACUAUUGCGCGCAAUUUGAUGAGCUGGAUGCAGGCGCACGGGCGGGGCGAGUACUGCGCUUCGUAUAUUUGGAUGCUGGAGAGGUUGGCUGCGCAUAGAGGGUUGGAGAAUGGGAAGGGGAUGCAUGCGUAUAUUAGUUAUCAGUGCUCGAAGAAGGGGGAGCCGGAUAUCAAGUCGUAUAUCUCGCCUGAGCUGUACCAUAAGGCUAGGUAUGAGGGGGUCUAG